AUCUCAGGUUCUCUCACACACUCUUUAAUUUCCAUAUUUUGAGUAAACAAAGAUGACAAUGGAAUACCAAAUUCUACCCAUAUGUGCACUCAUCUUCCUAUCAUUUCUAUCAUUCCAUUUUCUUUCAAAGAUUUUCCCUCGUAAAAAACCGAACCUACCGCCCGGCCCGAAACCAUGGCCCGUGAUCGGCAACCUCAACCUCAUCGGCCCGCUCCCCCACCGAUCCCUCCACCACCUCUCCCUCAAAUACGGGCCCAUCAUGCAGCUCAAGCUUGGCUCCUUCCCGGUGGUGGUAGCCUCCUCCGUCGACGCUGCCAAGAUCUUCCUAAAAACCAUGGACCUCAACUUCGCCUCACGGCCCAAAACCUCCGCCGGAAAAUACACCACCUAUAACUACUCCGACAUCUUGUGGUCCUCCUACGGUCCGUAUUUCAGGCAGGCCCGAAAAAUAUGCUCGACAGAGCUUUUCAGCCCAAAGAGGCUGGAUUCGUACGAGUACAUUCGGGCCGAGGAGCGGAAUUCGAUGUUGAAAGCGGUGUUGGAAUCGGCCGGAAAUCCCAUGCGGCUGAAGGAUUUCCUGUCGACGGUGAGCUCGAACGUGAUCUGCAGGAUGGUUAUGGGGAAGAAGUAUUUGGACGGUGGCAACGUUUUGUCGCCGGAGGAGUUCAAGACGAUGAUGGACGAGCUGUUCUUGCUCAACGGAGUUCUGAAUAUUGGGGAUUUCAUACCGUAUAUCCACUUCUUGGAUUUGCAGGGGUAUGUGAAAAGGAUGAAGGCUGUGAGCAAGAAAUUCGAUGGGUUUUUGGAGCAUGUGGUGGCGGAACACGAGGCACGGCGGCGGGAGACAGCGGCGGAGGAGUAUGUGAGCAAGGAUAUGGUGGAUGUGCUGCUGGAGCUGGCGGCGGAACCCAAUUUGGAGGUGAAGCUCCAGAGGGAUGGAGUCAAAGCCUUCACACUGGAUAUGCUGGCCGGUGCAACCGAGAGCUCGGCAACGACGGUGGAGUGGGUGAUGUCAGAGAUCUUAAAGAAGCCGGAAGUUUUGAAGAAGGCGACGGACGAGCUCGAUCGUGUUAUUGGGCGGGAAAGGUGGGUAGAGGAAUCGGAUAUGUCAAGCCUCCCUUACAUUGAGGCCCUUAUGAAGGAAACAAUGCGACUACACCCUGUCAGUCCAAUAUUAGUGCCUCGACUUGCACGGGAAGAUUGUCAGGUAAGUGGAUAUGACAUGAAGAAGGGAACCCAAGUGCUAAUCAAUAUAUGGACAAUUCACAUGGAUCCUUCAAUUUGGGAAAAUCCCGCUGAAUUUAAUCCAGAAAGAUUCAUUGGGAAGGAUAUUGACAUCAAGGGACAAGAUUUUAGGCUUUUGCCAUUCGGGUCGGGCCGAAGAAUGUGUCCGGGCUACGCAUUGGGCCUGAAGGUGAUCCAAUCCACCUUAGCCAAUCUCUUGCAUGGCUUCAAAUGGAAACUUGCAAACAACAUGAAGCCCGAAGAGCUCAACAUGGAGGAGGUUUUUGGGCUUUCUGCUCCAAGAAAAUUUCCACUUGUUGCCGUCGUUGAUCCAAGACUCUCACUUCACCUCUAUAAUUUCUAGUCAAAUUUUUUGUUGGAUAAAUAAAUUUUCAAAUUCCGCAUAAUGUUGGACUCUUAUCUUAAAGCGUUUGGUUUUAAAAAUUAUCACUAACCUGACACACGCAUACGCACAUCAGUUUUAUA